AGUGAUCUAUUUCGACAACCAUCUCGUUCUCUGCGAACUGCAAUAUCUCACUUAGAGAUACCUUUGAUAAGAAUCACGGUAUGGAAGCAAUUCAGAUUCAUCGUCGAAAGGUGGCUCGGCAAAGAAUGGACAUACAAGCAGAGAUCGACCAACAUCUUUUCUCUAUAUUGAACCUCCGGCGAGACAUGAACAAACUCUCUCCGAUCUACAUCCUUCCCUCAGAACUCCUCGCUGAGAUCUUCUUACUGCUGCAACCUUGUACGGACGCCGGGGCAGAAGCUACUCGACGUCCAGGUCCUUACACGUGGAUCCGAGUCACACAUGUCUGCCACCAUUUCAGACAGGUUGCGAGGGAGAACCCGAGGUUAUGGAGCUACAUCGAGCUCCCUCGCAAUAGCAACGUGCCAGUGUUCCAUAUGUUGGAACGCUCGAAGCAGGCACCAUUAGCAUUCAAGGCACACCUGGAAUGGCUGCAGCCUGAGGCUUAUGGCCGUCAGGCUCAGUCUAACAGUAUGAAAGUUGCGGUGAAUGCGGUUCUCGCACAAUUUCAUCGCGUUUUCAGCAUCCGUGUAUGUGCCCAUAACACGAUUAUGAAAUCGAUAAUCGAGAAGUUUGGGGGAUCGUUGCCUCUUCUCUACUCCAUCGUGCUCGAUAACUGUUCUUCCAGAAGUUUAGCUUCUCCACCUGCUUUCCCUUCUACCGGGGACCUCCCUCGCCUCGAGAGGGUUCAUCUUACCGGUUACCCGAUCUCGUCCAUUCGACAGUUCUUACGACGCGUUCCUAGGUUGAAGUAUCUGAAAAUCCCUCAAUUCACCGAUUCGGAUUCGAUGUCGGCGUUACUGGCCAUUUUGCAAAGUCUACCACUCCUUGAAUCCUUGAUAUUGAGCAGGGGCAUGCUUUCGACUAAAUUGGAUACAGCUCCAAUCGCACAGGCGACUUUGCCGAAACUCAGCUAUCUGAGUUUUGCGUUGAAAGAUACCCACUGCGCGAAGUUCCUCGAUUCCCUGAUAAUCCCUUCUAAUACUGCCAUGUCGAUAACCGUCGAUGCUGGUAUAUUCGACGUAGACAACGCUGCGGGCGCAGUGCUCUCAGUGGUCUCCAAGGUAAAGGGAGCCGGGAUUUCUGGGCCAUUGAUAUCCUUGGCUAGUGCCAGUAUUGACAUUCAACAAAAGAUACCAGUACUGGUUGUCAAAGCUUGGUCUCAGGGCGCUACUUUGUCCCUUGACGAAAAGGCGUGCACGUUUAGGAACACAUCUAACCCUCGUUUAACCAUCAUGGUACCGGACCACAUCCCUAUAGCAGAAAAGGUCCUCGACACACUGUGUCGCGAACGCCUUUUCUCCGAUGUUUCCACUCUCGCUAUCACUGGACUGGAUCGUACAUCUAGUGAGACUUGGAUCCAACGGUUGGAUCGUAUGCGCUGCGUAGAGAAGCUGACUGUAAACGAAUCGUCAUCGGGUACUCUCACAGGCAUCUUGGAGGCAGUCACGACGGAUGUUUUAGAUAAAUAUCCCCAGGUCGCAUUGCUUCCUAAUUUGACCAAUGUGCAUCUUCACUGCGGCGCCUUCCUUCAUCCGUUCUUACAUUACACCAGUGGCCCUCCUCCCCUUCGCGCUUCCUCAUUGCGAUAUGCAUUGCAGUGGCGUAUGGACAACGGUUAUAAACUUGGUCUACUACGCCUUUCCCAAACGCGCAACUUUUUAACUCCAGAUGAGUUGAAGCCGAUUGUCGGGGAGCUUCAGUGGACAAUUGAAGAGGCAAGGCAGGGCUAUCGGCAAAUGUCAUGAUGUAACCCCAUUCGAAACCUGACUUGAGUGGAAAUUCUCCAGGUGUUAUCGACAUGCGGUGUGCACCCACCCUUACAUACCACGAUGAAUGUAAGUGCCUCUCGUUCUUUUGAAGCCUUCCAAGGAACGGUAUCAUCUCCUUGACACGUGAAAUACGCGUCCGUCACAUAGAUAGAGGUGACACAUGUUCUUGAUGUACAUGAUGGAUCAGUCCUGAACACCGCUCAAAUUUCGAAAGCUAACUUGCUGAGGAAGUAAAUCGUUCUUUUCAUUAUUUUCCGCCAGUAAAAUGAGAUAGUCCGAUCCCCUUUCUUUGGAUCGGUUUUCAUCCCGGACACCCCAAACCGUUCACUAGAUAUGGUAAUGCGGUAGAAGGUGCAAGACAAUAUGUACAAACAAAAAGCGAUCAGCCCUCAACGCCUCACGCCUCAUUUGCCUUGUAUCAUACGCUCUUGCAUGUCGUUGUAGACUGAACGUUGAAACUCUUUGCUAUC